AUGUUAAAUAAUCCACAUAUCGCUGUUGUCCGCAAUUCGAAAAGCUCCGAAAAUCUGCAUAAAGUCACCAAUAACAUAGCUGGACAGGAUUCUCCUAGGAAGACUUCUAUUUUUACUCGGCGAAGAAGUCGCACAAAAGAAAAGAAGGCACAGAAAAUUGCAAAUAACAUAUCAAAUGGCGUCAAGGCCGUGGACCCACUGACGCAGUCAUGGCACAGUCACGCUGAAUUACCCUCUAGUAAAACUAUUUUCAACUUUUUAAAGCCAUCUCGAUCCCGCUCAAACACUAAUGCAGAUCCUGCCGUGAUUCCACGAAAUACUCCAUCGUGUCCGAAUUCGAGUACAGUGCCCGACUUCUCACAUUUGCGAAGGAGAAGACCAAGAAGCGCUCACUAUGAUCCGAAUACAAUCACGCUAUCCGACAAUAAGGACGUCCUAACAAAUGACAUAAAUGAGGAAUACGAGAAGCUCGAGAAGCUUGGAGAAGGUAGCUAUGCCACAGUAUUCAAGUGUAAAUCCAGGUCUGAUGGUUCCAUAGUCGCUCUGAAAGAGAUCAAAUUACAAUUUCAAGAAGGCCUUCCUUUCACGGCAAUCCGAGAAGCUUCGCUUUUAAAAACCUUACGUCAUGCUAAUAUAGUCUGCCUUCACGAUAUAUACCAUCAACAUAACCAGCUGACUUUCGUAUUUGAGUAUAUGAAAAUGGAUCUCAGCAAAUAUCUUGAGAGUCAUCCCACGGGUUUGGAAUGCCAGCAAAUUAGGCUCUUGCUGUUCCAGCUUCUUCGUGGUUUAGAUUUUUGCCACAAGAAGAAGAUUUUACAUAGAGAUCUCAAGCCACAAAAUCUCCUUCUCGAUGAAGAUGGAGUAUUAAAAUUGGCGGAUUUUGGACUUGCUAGAGCAAAAUCCGUACCCAGCAGGACUUACUCCCAUGAGGUAGUGACACUUUGGUACAGACCACCCGAUGUACUGCUUGGCAGUACGGAAUAUUCAACAUCACUUGAUAUGUGGGGUGUUGGAUGUAUCCUUGCCGAAAUAUGCACUGGACAAGCCCUUUUUCCUGGCACGAAGGAUACCAUAGACCAAUUGGACAAGAUCUUCUCAGUUCGCGGAGUACCUAACGAGGAAAAAUGGCCUCAGGUGAAGAGCCUGCCCCACUAUGUACCGAAUGCCUUUCCUCCAUACAAAGAAAUUCCUUUCAUGCAAGUAAAUAUUUCACUUGCAAAGCUACAAAAAACUGGCAUUGAUCUGCUUUGCAUGUUUUUGGAGCUCAAACCCGACGAUCGAAUCUCGGCAUGUUCUGCCAUGUUGCAUCCAUAUUUUGCCGGUCUACCUCGAAAUAUUCAUCUUUUACCUCAUACUGCUUCUAUAUUCACUUUGCCCGAACUCCGUGUAUGGAAACGAUGAUCGAUUGCUUCUUAUGAUGCUGUACAGAAUUCUCAUUUGCUC